AUGCUGCUGCGCGCUCUCUCCCUCUCAGUGGUUGCCGCCGCCGCCGAGGACCCACUCCUCACCAUGAACGACCGAGAGGUCGCCGCGGCGCUGCCCGACGGCUGGUCCGCCGACAUUCCGGGCAGCGACCUGCCGUGGACGUGGCAGGUUGGUCCUCCGCCCUCGCGCACGCUCGAGGCUGGCAGGCCGCUCACCGGGCCAGCGCGGGACCACACGCACACGGCUCCGGCCGCCACCAGGCAGGAGCGGUCGGGCAAGCGUCGCCACGAGCAGCCCGCGCCCGCCUUCGCCGGCGGCCACUACUACUAUGUCGAGGCGAGCGGCCGCGUGCUGGGCGACGAGGCGUGGCUCGGAGGGCCGCUGCCUCUGGAGUGUGUCGCCUCUGUGGGCUUCUCCUUUCACAUGUUCGGCGUGUCGAUGGGAUCGCUCGAGCUGCGGGCUCGGACGGCGGAAGGCGAGGCGUGGGCCACCCUCUGGCGCGCCGACGGGCAGAGCGCCGGCGGAUCCACCGCAGACGCGUGGCGGAGGGCCCUCGUGCCGCUGACGCCGCCGAUGCGCCGCACCGGCGGAGCGAGCCUGCGCUUCGUCGGGACCGUGGGCGAUGGCUACCUCUCCGACAUUUCGAUCGACGACCUCGAGGGCGGCUUGCGCCUCGCGAAAGUGCGCCGGGUGCGCCUUUUGCCGUGA